GGACCCAAGACUGGAGAAAUGCUAUACACCUACACGUAUCAUAUCUCUUUGUCUCUCUCUCUCACACACACACACAGUCACAGAGAAGGGUUGCGCCUACUUACACAACACUAAAUCACUGACAAUAACUGUCAACAAAAGUGUGUGUGUUUCUGUGUAUGUGUGUGUAUCUGUUUGUGAGUGCGUCCAUGUAUGUGUAUUUUGUACUAAUCUGAUGCCUUUAUACUGUCUGUGUAUCUAUGUGACAGAGUAUCUGUGUGUGUGUUCAGUGUUAGUUUAUUUGUACUGUGUGUCAGUAUAUCUGUGAUAGUGUAUCUACACUGUGUAUCAGUGUGUCUAUGUGUCAGUGUGUCUGUGCUGUCUGUCAGUUUAUCUAGAUGUCAGUGUACCUGUACUGUGUAUCUGUGCCGUGUGUCAGUGUACCUGUACUGUGCAUCUGUGUGUCAGUGUACCUGCACUGUGUGCCAGUGUAUCUGUGCCGUGUGUCAGUGUACCUGUACUGUGCAUCUGUGUGUCAGUGUACCUGCACUGUGUGACAGUGUAUCUGUGCCGUGUGUCAGUGUAUCUGUGCCGUGUGUCAGUGUACCUGUACUGUGCAUCUGUGUGUCAGUGUACCUGCACUGUGUGACAGUGUAUCUGCACUGUGUGUCAGUGUAUCUGCACUGUGUGUCAGUGUAUCUGCAUUGUGUGUCAGUGUACCUGCACUGUGUGCCAGUGUAUCUGCACUGCAUGUCAGUAUCUGUGUGCUGCUCCCUCCCCUCUCCAGAAGAACAGGAGGUUGGGGAGCAGCAUGGAGCUGAGGAAGCGGUGGCUGAGAAGCAGCUGGGGGGCAAAGGGACCCUGGAACAUCAGCCGCACCCUCAGCCGCAGCAGCUGCAGCCAGAGCCGUGUGACCAGGGGCAGGCCUCAAAGACCCGCCAGUCCGCAGUUCCCUGUAAACCCCCGGGGAUCGCUGAGCUCAGGCUGGUGCUGCUGGGCCGAGUGGGCUCGGGGAAGAGCGCGGCAGCCAACGCCGUCCUCGGCCGGGGGGAGUUUGAGACGGGGGACGACGACGCAGAGGACGUCAUUCAGAAGUGUGAGAAGAGGAGGGGCACUGCUGCUGGGAGACAGGUGGCAGUGGUGAACACGCCGGAUUGGUUCAGCUCACAGCACCCCCCAGAGGAAGUGGUGAGUCAGCUCUCAGCCUGCGCGGCCCUGGCCGCCCCGGGCCCCCACGCCUUCCUCCUGUGCGUCACUGUGGACCGGCCGGCCGACGUGGUGCUGAGGUCCCUGGGGCCCCUGGAGGAGGCCUUCGGGCCUGGCGCGGUGCGGGCCCGCACCCUGGUGCUGUUCACCCACAGCGACCGUCUGGAGGAGAGCCAGGAGGGGGCGCAGGGAGUGGAGGACUACAUCGUCACCCGCCGCGCGGACCUGGUGGCGGUGGCGGAGAAGUGCGGAGACCACUUCCACGUGUUAGAGAUGGGGGGCGGGGCCGAGGACGGGGCUGCGGGUGGGGCGGAGAGCGUCGAGGCGGUGGAGCUCAGCGUUAGGGAGCUGCUGGAGAAGGUGGAGCAGAUGGUGGGGGAGGCCGGGAAUGCCCACUACACCAGCAGCCUCUUCCAGCAGGCCGAGGCCAGGGUGAAACAGAGGCAGGAGGAAAUCAUGAAGGAGAGGAGAGAAAGAAGAGGGGAAGAGGUGGAAGAAGAGUGGGAAGAGGAGGAGGAGCGGGAGAAAGCGAGGGAUGAAGCGGAGAGGAGUGCGGGUGACCUCCAGCUGGACAAAGUGCCCUCCCUCUGGCUCUCACACUCCGACACUCCUCCUUCUUUUCUGCACUCUGUCUUCAAUACCCUGGCCGGCUGGCUGAGGAGCUUUCUCAAAUUCGUACAGGGCGGGGCCUUGCUGGGUGGGGUCGUCCGGGUGCUGGUCGGGGGGCCCCUGGGGGGCCUUUUGGGGGCGACUGUGGGCUCAGUAGCGACAGAGGUGGGGAAACGAAAGCACCUAAAAAAGCAGUAAAACUUGAGAAAGACGUUGAAGUGCUUAAGGGCAGUGAUAAUUAUA